AUGGACGAUUCCAAUGUCUUGACAAUCCUAGCAUCCAUAUCGGGUUGGACCUUUGGUGUGCUGGUGGUGAUAGUCAGAUAUACCUGGUCCCUCCUGUACUCUCUGCUUUAUGUCAUCGCUUGGCCCGUGCUCUCCGUCGGCCGUGGUUUACUCUCUGUCGCGCUAUUUCCCUUGCGAGUGCUUCUCAAGUUCGAGGCAUUCUUGACGUUUGUGCUGGGCGCAGCGAUUGUUGGGGCUACCGUCGGCCUCUGCCUCUACCUGGCUGGAGACUUCUUGUCCAGGGUCCUCCUACUACAUUCGCCAGAAUUAGAAGAGCCAUUGAUGUCCAGGUCGAUGAAGCUUGAAGACUCUUCCACAAGCUUUGACUGGGAGUCGAAGAUGUACAUGUCAUCGACAAUUUUGGAGGAAGAAGAGACUAGCCAAGAUUCCAGGGACUGA